AUGAUUAAACUAUAUUUCCUAUCGGUGUUCUAUUCGGCACUCAAUCACAUCCCGCCAUUUGUAUGGGCCGUUCUCCAUGUGGUUGCAGACAUAGUUCAGUUUUGGAUGCGACGACUAAUGAAUUAUUUUCGCCCAAAAUCUAGAAACCUGUACCAUGGAGCUAUCACCGAACUUGAGCGCUGCGACACGUAUCAUGACUGGUAUAAUAGAGCUGCAGUAGUGGACGAAAUAACGGGUGCAGACUUGUGGCGUCGCAAUUUUUACUCUCAACGAUACGAUGUUAACUCCGUUCUCGAACAAUAUGCGGUAUUGGAUGAAGCUCUUGACGAGCAAGAUGCUCACACCAUCGUUCAACGGUUCAGCACUACUGGUCCCUCAAUGCUGCGGAAUUUCGCUGGUAUCGUGGACAAAAGAUUAUUCACAAAAUCCUUGAUUGGAACGAAACUGUUGAUAGAACAGUACCUAGACAAAGUGCUGGAAUGCUUACAGUUCUUGUGUGAGACUCCGGUAGUUGCAAGGACCUCCUUCUUUCAAAGAUGCAAGCUGUCUUUGGGAACAACAGCCUUCAUAUUGCAAGGUGGCUCGUUGUUUGGCUUGUUCCAUUUGGGAGUCAUCAGAGGCCUACUAGACCAGAAGUUGUUACCAAAUAUUAUCAGCGGUAGCUCUAUGGGAGCCUGCAUUGGCAGUAUGUGCUCUGUACUGACUAAUGAUGAGCUUUUUAUGCUGCUCUCUGGUGAUAAUCUUCUUAAUGCAAUCAAGUCUGACCUCGAACUCUUGAAAAAAUGUGGCUACGGUAACAUCGAUCAAGAUAUGAACCUCGGCUCCCUUUUGCAAAACGUUAUUCACCGCGGUUACUCAAAGGAUGUUUUCCUUUUCAUUAACUUCGUGAACAAGGUUGUGAUAAAAGAUCUCACUUUCGAAGAAGCGUUUCAACGCACUGGUAAGAUUCUCAAUAUUAUCGUUCAUCCAACCGAUCGCAAUAGGUGUCCAACACUAUUGAAUUAUGUGACGACGCCCAACGUUCUCAUCGCUUCGGCUAAUGACUGUAGUCUAGGCUCUGAAGUUGUUUCGAGUGGUACCAAACUGUUGUGCAAGAACUUGAAAAAUGAGAUUGUCGACUACCUUCCAGACACAGGAGACAGACGCGUAGUGUUUUUGACGCCUCAAAAUGCCAGUGAAACCGGGCUCGCUGAAAGUCCGUACACGAGGUUGACCGAACUCUUCAAUGUGAACAAUUUCAUAGUAUCACUGGCUCGUCCUUACCUCGCGCCUUUGGUUAUGAAUGACUUGAAGCAUGAGAUCAAAACGUCGAAAUACUAUUAUUAUAAACACUAUCCGACCACCGAUAUGAGUAAUUUCACACCUUUACAACUAUCCAACAUGAAUGAAGUCGAACCUUUGGGUUUCAAAUUCAGAUACCACUUGGAACGAAAGCUCAAACACAUUGCAACCAUGGAGUUUCGUCAUCGAGUUGAUGUUCUUGAUAACUUGGGAAUACUGAGCCAUUGGAUUAAGAGGCUUGCCAUCGAUGAGAAGACACCGAGAUCAGCUACCGAAAUUACCAUAGUACCAAAUAUGAAAAGUUUGUCCUUUAGCAGGGUUAUCGAAGGACAGCUUGACAACAUACCUUACUGGAUCAAAUGUGGAGAACAAAGCUGCUGGCCAGUUUUGGCAUUAAUAAAGACCCGCUGUGCGGUAGAAUUUGGUCUUGAUGAGAUCAUUAAAGCCAAAAGAAGUAUUUGA